AUGAACCCUGCUGUCCUCAAGGUAGGAGCUUCCCCUGGAACUGAGUAUUUGCAACUUCUUGUAACACAAGAAAUAGAAGGUCUUCGUUUGAAAUUAUCUGGCAGCCACAAAAAGCAGGAAGUCAUUUUUUGCAGGCUGGCUGAUCAAGCUGCACAAGUUAUUGGCACAGGAAAUUGUGGAGGUCAGAACUGCAGGACCAAAAAUGCAGCCUUUGUAAGUCGCUGGAUACAGGCGUGGGUGGUAUCUCAGCUUGAAACUCAAAUAGCUAAAUUGACUGAAGCUUUGGAAAAUCAGACCAGAUUGUACCAAGCAGCUCUGGAGAGGAGCAGGAAAGCUGAAAAAUGUUCUGAGACUUUCCAGGAUCAACUGAAACACUUGGAAGAGGAAUUACUGUCUCUAGAUCUGAUGCAAGAUGGUUUGAAGCUUGAGAGACAAAAAUAUCUGAAAUUUCUGGAGCAACUUAAUGAGAAGAUGAAGCUGGAUAGCCUAGCAGCAGAGGUUGGAUUUGAUAUGAAUGUGGAUGCGAUUCUAGCCCGGGUAGAGCAGUUAGUGAAACUGGAAGGUGAUGCAGUGAUUGAAAACAAGACUAUGGCAUAUAGCCUGAGAAGGAAGUUGAAGACUCAGAAAGAAAAACUUGAAAGCAAAGAGCUGCACAUGAACCUUCUGCGGCAGAAAAUAACCCAGCUGGAAGAAGAGAAGCAAGUAAGGACCGCCUUAGCUGUGGAGAGGGAUGAGGCCAAUCUCGCUGUCAGAAAGUUACAUAAGAUGAUAGAGAGGUUACAGAAGCAGCUUGAUCUGGCAAGAGAAACGAAUACUGAUCUCAAAGCCAAGCUAUCUGAAACCAAUGAACUUAAGAUCAAAACUUUGGAGCAGAACAGAACAAUAGAAGAACUCAAUAAGUCUCAAGGCAAAUUGGAAAGAAUGAAAGAAAAGGUUGAGAAACAACUUACCUCUGUCAAAUCAGAACUUCUUUUAAAGGAGCGUAAAGCUACUGAAGAUAAAGAAAAAAACAAAAGUUUGUUAGAAGCAGUUACAAGUGAGAUGAAGGUGCUUAAAACAACCCUUGCAGAAUUAGCAAAAAGAGAGAGACAGCUGGCAGACUUCCGAGAGGUGGUCUCGCGGAUGCUGGGCCUCAACAUUGCCAGCCUGGCUCUUCCUGAUUAUGAAAUCAUUACACGUCUUGAAGGGUUAAUUCACUCUCAUCAGCACCACUACUUCCCCUGUGUCUGCCUCAAAGAUGUGGCAAGGACCAGAGGAACACUUGCAAAGAAACAUACAGCUUCUUCACUGAAACACGUUUU